GAUAUAUUCAAUCUCACUUUCUUAACAAAUUGUCUCAUAUUCACAAUAUCUCAUUGACUGUCUUCGGUGAAGCCCAAUCUCAUCUCUUUCUCAUUGUUUUUUCCAUGCAGUCUCUGCAGAUUAACCCUGCAGUACGUGCGAGCUUCAGAUGCCAAGCAUCGCCAUUGAACCCAUUAACAAAACCUAGCAGUACUACAGCAUCAACUCAAUUUCUAAAACCAAAUAAUACUCCAAACGAUUUGACGCCGCUACACUUAUCCAACCUUGAAAAACUCCUUCAAAAACAAAUCCCAGAACCAAUCCAGCUUGACACACGGCCACUACUUCAUACAAACUCCAACAAUGGUUCAACGGAAAAUAAGGGGAGAAUUCUUUUAGAAAGUCUCAACUUGGCUAGACUUUGGCCUGAAAUGAAAGCAGGUGAAGAAAUGUCACCGCGACACAUGAACAGGCUCCAACGCUUACUAUCGAAAACAGAAGAAUAUUCUCCAAGGAACAAUCUUGGUUCACGGUGGCGGGAAUAUCACGGGAGUAAAGAUUGGGCCGGUUUACUUGAUCCACUUGAUGAGAACCUGAGGCGAGAGGUUGUGCGAUAUGGAGAAUUAGUGCAAGCAGCUUAUCAUUCUUUUCAUUCGAACCCCGCCAUGUCUACAGAAGAAGCUCCAGCACCCAGAUACGUGGCCUUGCCCGAUAGGUCGUACAAGGUGACCAAGAGUCUUUACGCAACAUCAUCGGUCGGAUUACCCAAGUGGGUCGAUGAUGUUGCACCGGAUCUCGGGUGGAUGACCCAACGGUCAAGUUGGAUAGGCUAUGUGGCGGUUUGUGACGACAAGAGAGAGAUCCAACGGAUGGGAAGGAGAGACAUAGUCAUCGCCUUACGUGGGACUUCCACGUGUCUUGAAUGGGCUGAGAAUUUAAGAGCUCAACUUGUACAGAUGCCGGGAUCCGAUGACUCGGUCCAGGGAGAUUCCAAAGUUGAAUGUGGAUUCUUGAGUUUGUACAAGACACGUGGAGCUCACGUGCCUAGUAUGGCCGAGUCAGUGGCGGAAGAAGUGAAAAGACUGAUGGAAUUAUACAAGGGUGAGACCCUUAGCAUUACAGUGACAGGCCACAGCCUUGGCGCUGCCUUGGCCUUGUUAGUAGCGGACGAGCUAAGUACAUGCGCAUCCGACAUUCCACCGGUUGCAGUAUUCUCUUUCGGCGGGCCUCGUGUUGGUAAUCGGGGCUUCGCUAAUCGUGUAAAUAAAAACAAUGUUAAGGUGUUAAGAAUUGUAAACAAUCAAGAUGUGAUAACUAGAGUUCCAGGCAUAUUCAUAGGCGAAGGGACAAACAAAAAGGAGACAAAUACAACUGUUACGAAAGUGCUGAAUGUGCUGGACAACAACAACCCAUUGGCAUAUUCACAUGUGGGAACAGAGUUACGAGUGGAUACGAAGAUGUCUCCAUAUCUAAAGCCGAAUGCGGAUGUUGCAUGUUGCCACGAUCUUGAGGCUUAUCUACACUUGGUGGAUGGGUUCUUGGCAUCAAACUGUCCAUUCAGAGCAAACGCUAAGAGAAGUCUUGUGAAGUUGAUGAAUGAACAGGGACCUAAUGUUAAAAAGUUGUAUACAAAUAAGCUGAGAUUAAAUCUUGAAAGAGUAGCCAUACCCUCCUCUGGUUGUCUGCCUAGUCCAUCUUAAUUGUAAAUGACUGUAAACAACGAGAGAGAGCAUUUUUAUGCUUCUGGUACAUACAAACAAUCAAUUCAAAUUAUUUAAUGAGAGGGGCAUGUUUUCUUUUCA